UUUUCUCUCCUAUUAUUUGAGUGGCUGCAGGUACUGGUGUCUGCCUCUAUGCCUCUGUGCCAGAGGGAUAAAGAGAGAAAGACAGAGGACUAGUGCUUCAUAUCCCCCCUCUGGCCUCCCCGUCUCCCUGCUCCCUGUCACUCCAUCCUUCCUUCCUCCCUCCCGGACCACCCGUCAGCGGCUGGAUCAACCCGCCCGGACCCUCCUCCCACAACCCCUUUGACUAUCCUCACUUCACCGUCCCAUCUUGUGAACUGUGUGCAGGAAUUACUCUCUGCUUGGAGUUGAAGGCUGGAUUUGGCAGUGCGCUCACAGACAAUCUUGGUUUGGAAGAGCAGAAGAAAACCUUUAAUUUCAAAUAUUUAAUAAACCUCCUUUACAGAGAAACAGUAAGGACUUGCUCAGGUGAGGUACACUGGACAGACGGAACUCUCUCAAGUCGUCUGGAAGUGUGACGGCACUUGGUCACAUGACCUGGAAGAGAAAACCCAAGAGACUUCUGGGAUCCCUUUCUGAAUGGGCCGCUUAUCAACCUGGAAAGAAGUCUAAAGGCUGAUGAACUGAUCCGCACAGCGACACAGCUGCGCUCUCUUCCCCUCUUCAUCUGUCCAAUCUCCCCAUUUAUGUCCUGAGAUCCACAACUUUCUGCAACUCUGGUGACUGGUUGGCUGCUGAACCAUCAUUCUUGUCCUACUCCUGGGGAUUUCCUGUCACGUGACCAUAUUCCUGCUUCACCUCCACUCCUAGAAUGGAACCCAACAAAGUCCAGUCAGAGGGCGGGCUGAAUGUGACCCUGACCAUCCGGCUUCUCAUGCACGGCAAGGAAGUGGGAAGCAUCAUCGGAAAGAAAGGGGAAACUGUGAAGAAGAUGCGUGAAGAGAGCGGUGCUCGCAUCAACAUCUCAGAAGGAAACUGUCCUGAGAGGAUCGUCACCAUCACUGGACCCACAGAUGCCAUCUUUAAGGCCUUCGCUAUGAUCGCAUACAAGUUUGAAGAGGAUAUAAUCAACUCCAUGAGCAACAGCCCAGCCACCAGUAAGCCCCCAGUCACUCUGCGUCUCGUGGUGCCCGCCAGUCAGUGUGGCUCCCUCAUUGGCAAGGGAGGCUCAAAAAUCAAAGAAAUGAGAGAGUCCACAGGAGCUCAGGUUCAGGUAGCAGGGGACAUGUUGCCUAACUCCACAGAGCGCGCAGUGACAAUCUCCGGCACCCCGGAAGCCAUCAUCCAGUGUGUCAAACAGAUAUGUGUGGUCAUGCUGGAGUCCCCACCGAAAGGUGCCACCAUUCCCUACCGCCCAAAGCCCGCCUCCACCCCCGUCAUUUUUUCAGGUGGCCAGGUAAGAGCCGACCCGCUGGCGGCGUCCGCAGCCAACCUCAGCCUUUUACUGCAGCACCAGCCACUGCCUGCUUACACAAUUCAGGGACAAUAUGCCAUUCCACACCCAGAUCAGUUGACCAAGCUCCACCAGUUGGCUAUGCAGCAAACCCCCUUUACCCCCCUCGGACAGACCACCCCUGCUUUCCCUGGUCUGGAUGCCAGUCCCCCGGCCAGUACUCAUGAACUCACCAUUCCCAAUGAUCUAAUAGGCUGCAUAAUAGGGCGCCAGGGAACCAAAAUCAACGAGAUCCGUCAGAUGUCUGGAGCGCAGAUCAAAAUAGCUAAUGCGAUGGAAGGGUCAUCAGAGCGCCAGAUCACCAUUACAGGAACCCCCGCCAACAUCAGCCUUGCCCAGUACCUCAUCAACGCAAGGCUGACGUCUGAGGUCACUGGAAUGGGCACUCUCUAAUUUCUACCCAUGAUCCUUCACUGCAUCACAUGACCCUUGAGCCAAUGGCAUUGCACCUAGUUUGUUUUCUCUCUGUACUUUUGCUGUCCUGUAUUUUCAGUACUUUGGACUACUUUAUAUUCUAUAAUGUGCACAUGAUGUUCCUCCUACUCAACCUUUGUUGUGCUCCUGAUGGUCCUUUACUUAUUACCUGUUUAGUUUAAAAGACACAUUAUUAUUAUUAUUAUUAUUUUUUUUUUUUGACUCUCUAGUACCUCAUGUCACCGUCGUCCAGUUUUGCCAUAGCUUUCACUGUGAAUUCACAUUUUCCAGUCCGUUUUCUAUGGCGUGGUACAGCUAAGCCAGUGAAAUCCUGCAUUUUCAUUUAGUAAGACUAAAAUUGUAAUUUGUAUAGCAGCGGUCCUGUGCUUUGCUCAUCAGGUACCUUACAACCGUGCAUCUUACACAUGUGUAAUGAAACAACCUGAUAGAUUUGGAAUGUUUGCACCACGCCUGUACGAUUUGUUUGCAUCUAUCAUUGUGGCAUGCGGAGUAACACAGAGAAUACAUUAUUAGCCGCUUGUAUUCACUUUCAGAACAGAAAAACAAAUCAGUGUGAAAACAAAGGAUAUGAGGAUGUGUAAGCCAUGCUUACGGCUUUACUGCAUGCUGAGACAUUUCAAUUCAGCCCGCAAUUUUAGUGUAAGUAAUUGAAUAUAUUACAGCAGAAUUAUUUAUAGAAUAUUUUUAUAUGCGACGUGUGUUUGCAGUAGCAUGAGAAAUACGGGAGCUUUAUUCCUUUGGAAGUGAAUACAGUCCUACUGAUAAUGAAAUCCGCCCCUACGGCCUCUGUGUGUAUGGUAAACUCUCAUGUGGGGUUCAAAAUGAACUUUUUUGCCAUAUCUACCAAUGUUUACUUGCGAUAAAAAAGAUCUAUGCCAAGGGCCUCAUUUAUAAAGGCAUACAUGAUCGGAUUUUAUUCUAAAUUCCCUUUCAUACAUCAAAUGUUAGAAAUAUAUUGGGAUUUUUAAAUGCGAAAAAUGACGUGAAAAAAAUGACUGUAUGCCAACUGAAGAGCAUGCAUAUAAACUUUUUGAACUCGUACCAGAAUAAUGAAAAUAAUCCAAUGUCAUUUAUAAAAAUGUAAAGAUAAAUAGACAAUCGUAAUAUGUAUUAAUAUUAUUAUAUGAUGAGCAACUGCUUUGUGAUAAUUACAUGUCUGAAAUGAAUUUAUUCAUUGUAUUUAUUCAUUGUAUAGGGACUGCAGGCGGAAACUAGCAUUUUUUUUUUUUUUUUGCUAUAACCUGGCACAUGUCAUCUCUUCUUUCUUAGAUUAAUGAAUUUUUGUGCAUUGUCCCUGAUCAAAUAAAUAAAUUCAUCAAAUAAGAUUUCCUAGGAAAAACAAAUAUUUUUUUAUAAAUCAUUUCGGAUAUAGUGGCACGUUCACA